UCAGGAGCUCCACCAGCCCAGCGUAAGGUGCCAGGCAAGAACGCCAAAUGGGCAGCUCGUCACCGUACCAACCAAACCUCCAUUCCAGCCGCCGCCGCCACCUUCCGUCGAACGCGCCGACGGAAGCGCGUGGCCGGGCCGAGCCGGCGGCGUCGCGGGCAGACGCGACGACGAUGGGGCAGAAGCGCGCGGUGCUGGUGGGCAUCAACUACCCGGGCACGGACGGGGAGCUCAAGGGCUGCCUCAACGACGUGGCCCGCAUGCGCCGGUGCCUGGUGGACCGCUUCGGCUUCGACGGGGCCGGCAUCCGCGUGCUCGCCGACGCCGACCCGUCCACGCCGCCGCCCACGGGGGCCAACAUCCGGCUGGAGCUCGAGCGGCUCGUCCGGGACGCCCGGCCCGGCGACACGCUCUUCUUCCACUACAGCGGCCACGGCCUGCAGCUGCCCGCCGAGACCGGGGAGGACGACGACACCGGGUACGACGAGUGCAUCGUGCCCUGCGACCUCAACCUCAUCAAAGACCAAGACUUCACGGAACUCGUGGCGAAGGUCCCCGACGGCUGCCUCUUCACCAUGGUCUCCGACUCGUGCCACAGCGGCGGCCUGAUCGACAAGACCAAGGAGCAGAUCGGGAACAGCACCAAGCAGAGCAAGAACAACCAGCACCGGGGCGGAGACACGAAGCCUCCAUCCGCUUCCGGGACCUGCACCGGCACCUCCCUCCUGCGGAUCAUCCGUGGGGGGUUCGAGUCUCUGGGCGCCCACCUCCCCUGCCAUGGCCACCACAAGCAGAGCACCCAAAACGGCGGCAAGGAGCCGGACGCGAAGACGGAGGCAGAGCCGUCCACGAUCGCCAGCGUCGCGAUCGCCAACCGGUCGCUGCCGCUGCCGACGUUCAUCGGGAUGCUCAGGGACAAGACCGGGAGGCACGACGUCGGCGUGGGGUCGAUCCGGACGACGCUGUUCCACCACUUCGGCCACGACGCCAGCCCCAAGGUCAAGAGGUUCGUGAAGGUCAUGGUGGGCAGGCUCCGGCACGACGGCAAGCUGGGCGACGAGGAAGUGGAACAGCCGCACGCCUUCAGGGCGGCCCUGGAGCAGGACGCGCACAGCGUCGAGGAGGUGUACGCCGGACCGGCAGCGGCGGCUGCGGCGGCCAGGGCCGGGCUGCCCCGGAACGGCGUCCUGGUCAGCGGGUGCCAGACGGACGAGACCUCGGCGGACGCGACCACGCCCGACGGCGUGUCGUACGGCGCGCUGAGCAACGCAAUCCAGGCCGUGCUCGCCGGGAGGAAGCGCGGGGCGGCGGUGACGAACCGGGAGCUUGUGGUCAGGGCGCGGGAGCUACUGUCCAAGCAGGGGUACACGCAGCAGCCCGGGCUCUACUGCAGCGACGAGCACGCCAAGCUGCCCUUCAUCUGCUGAACUGAAACAUCUGCGCGGUGUGCGAGUGAUUGCCCACGAGGAAUUCUCAGGCCAAUCUAUCGUUGUGUUACAGAAGAA